AUGUGCAUCUAUCUCGACAAAGCCAUCGUGCCCCUUGUUCAUCCGCACUGGCAGUUAUCGACCGUCUCUUUGCCCGUGCUCGUUUCGAUGGACUUGACGGCUGUCGCUGGGCUUUCUUCACAGUGGAUACCCAGUUACCUCCCAAGUCUCCAACACCUUACGCUCCGUCGUCUUUCAGUUGCUUUUACCCAUCUACCCCUGCCGCAACUGACAUCCUUGGAGCUACACGACCUCGACUUCCGCUCAAGGGACCUCGCAUCACUUCUGGAUGUGCUGAAGACAUGCACUUCCUUACAACGUUUCGUAUUCGCGGAUACCGAAGACAUGCCAUUCAACGUAUCCUCCGUCGCGGCAGGGUACAGAGUGUCGCUGCCACACAUUCGUCGCUCCUGUAUAACCGCAGCCUCGGCAGAUACAUCAAGCUUGCUCGCACACGUCCUACUUGCCAAACAAACUCAUCUCUUGCUAUAUCCGAACGACUUCCUGGAACCGCGGGACUGGAGCGACCGCAUACCCGUGCUUCAUACCUUCUUGCUGCGUGACACAGCGUACUGGCCGGCUAUGAAGGACGUAACUCAUAUAAUGGUCUGGUGGGAUGAGUGCGAUCUUACUGUCUGCGCAGAUAGGGCAGAUACGGAGUUCUGGGAGUCGCACCCGUGGAGGUCUCUUGACCUCAUCAACAUGAACUCGGUUGUCGAUGAACUCUCCCCCCCCCCCCCACCGGCACUCGUCAUAAAGCAUAUCAAGAUAUCCUGGCCCCACCCCAUUGCGGGACCCCUUCUAUCUGUCGUAAAAGAGCUAGGCGAUUUCUUUCCUGCGUCUGCGAAGACAUUGGUCCUCCGUGGAAUCGCGGAAGAUAUCCCCAAGCAGAUUUGGGCUGAAACUCUCGCUAAAUUCCCUGCUAUCGAGCACUUCGAGAUCGUCGCGGAAGAAGACGCCAUGUGCGCUUUUCCUCUGGCGCUCAGGCCGACAUCGAGCGGAUUCCUUGCCUUCGUCUGCGGGAGCUCGUGCUGCGAUACAAAGUAG